UCGUCUGGCGACGCUUCGUCGCAGACAGAAUGUUCAUUUCCUCCCGCCGUCCGUAAUACUAUACACGCCGUAACGUCUCCAGCGCGUUUUUCGGGCCAGAUGAAUACAUAUAAUCUGUCUCUGAUUUGCAAUUUCCUCAAUAUGGAGGACUGCAUGGCAGGGCGAAUACGAAAACUGCAGAGACAGUGCUGUGAGCGUCCACGCGCAUGCAAGUGACUCCCUGAGCGCACACUAUACCGUAUGCUCGCUGCCGUCAGCUUUCAGGAAGCGUAGCUUCCUCGUUGCAAGGUACUCUGGUUUGAUGGGAAUAGUACGGCAAACAGAAGAGCAACCUUUAGUUGCUGUAUUUGUGUGAACAAGUCAAUAACCGGCCACGCACUCUCGCAGCGACUUUUCGACACUACGAGUCCGGGCGAAUGUUCACGUUUGAGGAAGGCAACACCAGUCGGGUUGGUCGACAUCAGUGAACAACGACCGACCGAAAAGGCUCCUUGGCCGAUCCCUCGUAGUGGGUAAGCAGCAGCACGGUGCAAGCGGCGAGAACGCGCUCAGCGUGCCGGGUGCCGGUGGCUCGAGAAGAAGAAAAGGGACUCGCCUGGCCGAGCUCUGUUCGAAGACAUCGCAUUCAGGCUCUAACUCUACGACAUCGCGGAAGGCAGCGACGAUGGCUGAACAGAAGACCCGCACAAGUGCGUGCGGCUGCCUCUGCUAUUGCUGUUGCUGCAUCUUUCUGAUUUUUGCCGUGGCGUUGGCUGCGGCUGGCAUCGCUGCGUACGUGCUCCUUCUUAAAAAGCUGCAACCGGAGGAAUACGAGUUUGCCGGGUGGGCGACUGUGUCCGACGUCCCGGAGUGCUCUUCGGUGGUAAGGAAUGUGUUCUCGAGUGGCGGCAACAUCGCUGACGCCGCUGUCUCCGCACUUCUCUGCAUGGGCGUCGCGGCACCACACCUGGUCGGGCUCGGCGGUGGAUUCCUGGCGCUGUACUACGACGACGAAAGUGACCACAUCGAGGCUUUGAACGCCCUGGGAAUCUCGCCGGCUAACGUGGCCAACGUGGACGAGAAAUCGGCGAAACGGGGAGCGAAGGCAUCGAUUGUGCCCGGAGCCUUGCGUGGUUACCAGGAACUCCACAAGAGGCUCAACGGAACCAUGAAGUGGGAGGAUCUCUUCGCCCCCGCCAUCAAGUUGGCCAAGGAAGGCUUUCCCAUCAAGAAGCACUUCGCCGACGCCCUGGCAAAGCAUCAAAAUGAGAUAUCGGCCACUGACAUCAAGUCCAUCUUCAACAGCGUCCAGAAAGCAGAUGACAAGCUCGUGCAGCUGGAAAUGGCACAACUGCUGGAGGAGCUUUCAAAGAAAGGCGCAGAUUUUUUCUACACUGAAGUUGCCAAAAAAAUUAUACAAGGCCUGGGACCAGAAGCCUUAUUGACCACGGAUGACUUCAAAAAUUACAAGCCUGUCUGGUACCCGCCAGUGACGAAAAAACUUGGCCACGCCACGCUUUACGCCCCACCGUUCCCUUCCAGCGGUGUGCUGCUCCUCGAAGCGAUACCGGAGCGAGUGCUGAACCGCUCACAAGACAUUAAGCCAAUAAUGGAUAUGACUUCGGAGGAUAAAAAAUUGAUCAAGAGCGCGCAGGACGAACUGAGCAGCGUGCUUGCAAAGUUACCGGAGCUGGGCGGAGAAGCAGUCAACAAAGGCUUUUCGGAACUGGUGGAAGAAAUAAGGAGCAGCAUUAAGGCUGGAAAACACGCAGCCCAAUCUACUCAUACGGUCGUCGAAGACUACGGCGGCGUCCACCUGUCCAUAACGAAGGACUUCAAAGCCGUCACCAUCAUAUCCGGCAUCAACGAACCGUUCGGAAGCAAGAAGGCGUCGGUGCCAGGCCUCAUCAUGAACAACUACAUGAGCGCGUUCUCAUCGAAAGCUGACGCGCCGAAUAAGCUGCGAGGCGGCCAGCAGCCCAGGACGUCCAUGGUCCCUGUGUUCCUCAAGGACGACCAGCAACGACUCCUCCUCUUGCAAGCUGGCAGCGGAGGCGGGAUUCCUGGAAUGUGGGCUCUGAUUCAGGUAUUGGGCUGCAUCUCUGAACGCAACGCCUCGUUCUGCGUGCGGUCUAAGCAUAGAAUCACUCCGGCACUGCCCUCGAGCCCAGACAAGGGUCCCGACAUUCAGCCAACGGCCAGUGGAAUAUUCACCAAGGGGCCCCUGGUGUCCUGGCUCGCCCCAAAUGACGACGUGCACUGCGACGGCGCCAGCGAUGGUGAGAGAACGACACGGGACAAGAAGUGGGAAGCCCUCGAUUCGAAGGACCACUGCAAGAGGACAAAAGCUUGCAAUGGCAAGCUGGACUUAUUUGCCAAGGAACCAGAAGAGUGGAUACAUAUCUAAGGAUUUUCGCUAAUAAAGACAACAGGAACAUAGGUGGAUAGCGCUA